AAAAACUUUUCAAAAAAAAAAAAAGUAUACACGAAAUAAAAUCGCGUAGAAGAAAAUAAGUAAAGCCUAAGCCGCCGGCGGCGGCUUCAUGGUUAUCUUCAUCUCUCCAUCGCCAUCGCUAAAGUCGACGCUCGCAACAUCGACGUCGUCGUGACUAAAUCGCUGCCGUCUUCGGGCCACAGUCUGACGAAGUCGCGCUGCGAACAACGAGCCGAAUCCGAGGAAGAUCCUCGUGAAAAAGACAAUUUAGAUUUACACCAAAAUAUAAGUGAUCGGGUGAACAAGAUGAGACUAGACCCUGAGACGCAAAAAGUCGUUCCUCCUUAAAGAAUAGACUUAGACGGCGCGCUAAGAAACAAAUGAAAUAAACUACUUUUCACUGCUAAGUCCUGCAGCUAGGUAUGUCCAGCAAGAUCGACCUGAUACCUCCGCCUCGCCCGGAAUGGAUUCCGAGCGAGUUCAUUCGCACACUCCCACUCGAGUGGGCCCAGCGCAUGGCCCGGCGACCGCCGAACUGCAUGCUGACGCAGGCGGGAGGCUCGGCGUUCCCGCCCUGUGGCAGUGAGAAGGCGUGCAACGACCAACUGUUUCUGUUGCAGUACCUGCGCGAAAAGGCGCUCACCGCCAUGCAGGACCUCGAGCAGACGAAACUUGGGUUGCGAAUCGCGAAAACGGGGUACGUGAAGGCGAUCGCGCGGCUGGCCAAAAUGCAGCAGAUCCCGGAGGGUUAUUUGAGUGAGGAGGACAUCGCCAACUACAACAUCCACAACCUGAACCACCGCAUUCACGACGUUGCGCCGCUGAAGCGCGGCUUCCCCGGUGGAGAGGGAAAAAACAUCGAGCGUGCGUGGAACACCUUGGAGGACUUCGAGCUUGAGAUCGACCGGCAGCGCAGGGCGGCUAUCCACUGCUGCAAAUAUCUCUGGGUCUGGAAGAUUGAUGAAGCUUGUGUUGCGCCGCAUUUCGGAUCAGACAAAAUUCUGGCAUGCAUACUGGAAGACAAAAGUAGCCUAUUGCUUAGCAUCAAAGUCUGGAUUUUACCAUGCGGAAUAGGUGGCAUUGAAAAGCUCUUCAAAACCAGUGGUGCGAUUGCUUGCAUGCCAGAGCUUCUGGGCCAUGCAAAAACACCAUGACAAAGUCCGCGCUUUUCCAGUCCAGACCCAGACAUAUUUGCAAUGCAUAGUGGCCAUCGGGGGCAUAAACAUCAAGGAACGCCGAGACGAGGAAAGAAAGGGGUCCUUUAUGGGAUUCUCAAACGUUACAUUCUCAGCUGUUACAUGAUGUGUCUUCAUGCAAAAUACCUAUGAGCCGCCAGAGCCAGACGAAGAUCAAGCUACCUCGUAUGACAAAUCCCCGAGGGGCUAGACAGCGCCUCAAUCCGUGAAAAAUUUGCCAUGCGAGAGUUGCAAUGCAAGCUUGCCCCGUUCACUGAUGCGGAAGCGGAUCUUGCACCAUUACAACAUACUUGUAGCUACAGUGGAGAUGAAUGUAACGUUUGAGGACGCCAUAGCCGUUCGCUUCCUGUUCGAGGGUCCUCCGCUCAUGAACGACACCAACCCGCACCACCAACCUGAUAUCCACCAACAAAAAAGUGUUAACGUUAAUGGUUUUCAUAGGUUGCAGAUAUGCAUGACAGAUUUUGUUUUUGCCUAGUAUGCAUGCUAUGCAUGACAAAUUUGGGCACGUUUUGUGAUGCAUUACUGCAUCACAAAUGCCGUUAAUGUUAACACUUGUUCCUGUGAUACCUGACAAGUUCCUCCCACGGUUGCACCUAACCCCGGACCUGGACGCUGGGCAGCACGGCGGGAGCAACGUCAAGGGGCUGAGUUCCCUGCAUGAAGACCCGGACGCGAACAAACAGCUAAACGGGUACGGGAACAUACCCGGGUUCUUCUGAAACUGGAGUUGUACUAUAAUAGGCGGAGGCGUCGGAGGACGAACGGUUGAAGAUCGGGUUGCGCAGUGCGUCGUCGUCGUGGUGGGCAGCGACAGGAAAUGAAUGUUUCCUCGGUCGGUUAGAACUGGUCCGCAGGGUUGAUAGAUGCAGACAGGUCGUGCAAGCGGGCCGCAACCUCGCGGUUUACGCGUAAGAAGAGCCGCCCCGUGGUCGUGGUGGAUAAUCGUGGCUCCUCGCUGGGAAGACGGUGCUGGUGACCGUCGACUUGAGUUUUUCACUAGGCAGCUGGGUUUGCUGAGGACGGUGGAAUCGGGACGACGUGAGGAGCAACGCAAGAAGCAGAAAAGAAGUUGCUCCUGUUGGUAAAGCUAUAGACCGCAUCAAAAACAACAUCCUCUUGCUCCUCCGGACCUGCGUCGAGAAAAGACCAGGAGCUUCAUCAGGCGCGUGACAAUGGUACGGGCCGCAGGGGACCACGUCUUUUUUUUCUGACGUAUGUUCAUAUGCUGCAGCUUUUGUCAUGUUCCAUGAUGGAUGUUGAACAUAAAACGUCAGUGCGGGUACUUACUUUGAUUGGAGGAUGGACGACAGUGUUGAACCAACAAGGCAUAAAUACACCGUACUGUUCGUUGUGCUGUACAGAAAGUGAAUAUGAAGAAUAUCAAAGCUCAUUUUUCCCCGGAGGACAGAAGGAGGAUCUUAGUAACGGGGCCUGUCGGAGGUUACUUCUUCGACUAAAUGAAGAGUGUCUCAUCUGCUGCUCUGAUGUUGCUGCUAGUGCUACUCAAAAUUCAGUAGCUCAUCAAU